AUGGCGCAAGGAAAGAUGAAGGUGAAGUGCAAGGCUAAUUUCCAAAUUAAAAAAUCAGGAGGUUCUAUUAAAAAGAACAAAGGAAAAACAAAGAAAGGACAAAGAGUUAUACCAUGCAAGAAGCAGAAUGCCGAUUUAAAUAAAAUGAAGAAGAACUACGAGAAGUUUCUAAACGAGAAGGUUGAAUCUGAAGCUGCUUCAAAAGCUGCGCUCACCGAGCCUCGUUCGCUCAAAUUUGUGAAGAAAAAUACGGAUAAGUAG